GUUCAAGAGAAAGGGAACUAUCUCUCUCUCUCUCUCUCUCUCUCUCUCUCUCUCUCUCCUCACUGGCUGCACAGCAUCAGCCGGCUCUCUAGGUAGACUCGAGUAACCGCUGUAAGAGAACAGGGAGCAGAGGGAAGAUGACAGAGCUGUCAGCGCUCUGAGAGAUACACACUGCUGAGAACAUUUGGAUCGGGGCUGGCUGAUAAGACGCUCUUCAACACUGUUCCAUUUUCUAGUCAGUGGAGACGCUGUGGGCAUUGUGUGGACAAGAACACGUGAUACCUGAACAAACUCUAGUCUGCACUCUGCUGCUAAUUUCUGAGAAGCCGCAGUUUCACGGUGUCAUCAUGGGAAUGAAAGGCUUCCUCUUACGCUGCCUGACCGUGGCCCUGCUCCUCCAGCUCUCCACUGCCGGCCUGGUCAAGAAGGUCAUCCGCCACCGUAGAGAGGCACUGAUGCCCAAGAAAACCCAGGAGAAUGUGACCGUGCCCCACCCCGACCAGCCGGUGGUGUUCAACCACGUCUACAACAUCAAUGUCCCCUCUACGUCCCUCUGCUCUGUGGACCUGGACUCGCCUGGUGCCACUGAACUCAAACACAAGAGUGCCUCGACGGACAUGCAGAACAGCGAGCACAUGGAGCACACAGUGGACGGUGACAAUCAGAUCGUUUUCACCCACCGCAUCAAUAUCCCCAAGCAGGCAUGUGGCUGUGACAACCAGGUGCCCGAUAUCAAGGACAUCCUGAACCGGCUGGAGAUGCUGGAGUCCGAGCUGUCUAGUCUGAGAGAGCAGUGCAGCAGUGGGGCAGGCUGCUGUGGAGCUCAGGUUACCGCAGGUGAAGUGUCCACAAAGCCCUACUGUAAUGGGCAUGGGAAUUGGAGCACUGACACCUGCAGCUGCAUAUGUGAGCCUGGAUGGAAGGGUCCCAACUGCACCGAACCUGAGUGCCCCAACGACUGCCAGGACCAGGGCCGCUGUGUGGAUGGCAAAUGUGAGUGCUUUGAGGGCUUUGGUGGGGACGACUGUGGUAUAGAGCUCUGCCUGCUGGACUGCGGUGACUAUGGCCACUGUGUAGAUGGGUCCUGUCUCUGUGAAGAGGGCUUCAUUGGUCAGGACUGCACCCAGACCAACUGCCUCAACAACUGCCUGGGCCGUGGACGCUGCGAAGAUGAUGAGUGCGUUUGCGAUGAGCCGUGGACGGGCUUCGACUGCUCCGAACUCAUCUGUCCAAACGACUGCUAUGACCGUGGACGCUGCAUCAACGGCACCUGCUACUGUGAACAGGGCUACACUGGAGAAGACUGCAGUGAGCUCACUUGUCCAGGCAACUGUAACAACCGUGGCACGUGUGUGAAUGGCCAGUGUGUGUGUCAGACCGGCUACAUUGGAGAGGAUUGCUCGAAGCUCACCUGUCCCCAGAACUGUAACGAGAGAGGCCAUUGCUUUAAUGGGAAGUGCAUCUGUGAUCCAGGAUUUGAGGGUGAAGAUUGCUCUAUCCUCUCAUGCCCUGAGAACUGCAGCAACAGGGGCCAGUGCAUUAACGGAGAAUGUGUAUGUGACAUAGGAUACCAGGGCGAAGACUGUAGCGAGCUCUCCUGCCUUAACAAUUGCCAAGACCGUGGCCGCUGCGUUAACGGACAGUGCGUGUGUAACAAAGGUUAUGCUGGGGAGGACUGCAGCAUCAAGACCUGUCCAAAAGACUGCAUGGGACGAGGAGAUUGCGUGGAUGGCAAGUGCGUGUGCUUUGUCGGCUUCACUGGGAAAGACUGCGGCCAGCUGACCUGCCCCAAUGACUGCCUGGACCGUGGUCACUGUGUGAACGGACAAUGUGUUUGUCACAAGGGUUUCACUGGUGAGGACUGCAGUGAGAAGACAUGUCCCAAGAACUGUCUUGAUAGAGGUUACUGCGUUGAUGGCAACUGCAUGUGUUAUGAAGGUUUCACUGGGCCCGACUGCUCAAUGCUGACCUGCCCAGAAGACUGCCAAAACCAGGGGCACUGUGAGAACGGAGUGUGUGUUUGCAACGAGGGCUUCAUUGGGGAGGACUGCUCUGGGGUCUCACCUCCCAAGGACCUGACAGUGGUGGAGGUCACCCCAGAGACGGUGGACGUGUCCUGGGAGAAUGAGAUGCGUGUGACCGAGUACCUGAUCACCUACGUGCCAACGGCCCCUGGAGGUCUGGAGAUGGACAUGCGGGUGCCUGGGGACCAGAAGACGACUACUAUUCGGGAGCUUGAGCCUGGCGUGGAGUACCUGAUCAGCGUCUUUGCUGUGCUCAACAACAAGAGGAGUCUUCCUGUCAGUGCUCGUGUGGCUACACAUCUGCCCGAGCCUGAGGGACUUAAGUUCAAGUCCGUGCGGGAGACGUCAGUGGAGGUGCAGUGGGACCCGUUAGACAUUUCUUUCGAUGGCUGGAACCUCAUCUUCAGAAACACAAAAGAGGAAGAUGGUGAGAUUCUCAACUCCCUCGGCCGUCCAGAGACCACCUUUGAGCAGUCGGGCCUGGGCCCCGGCCAGGAGUACGAGGUCAAGCUGGAGGUGGUGAAGAACAACAAGCGUGGACCGCCUGCCUCCCAGAACGUCAUCACAAUGAUUGAUGCCCCCAGCCAGGUGGACGUGCGUGACGUGACAGACACCACAGCGCUGGUGACCUGGUUCCAACCCGUGGCGGAGGUGGACGGGGUCAGUGUCUCCUACGGGCCCAGCUCCGACCCCGCUGAUCGCAAGCUGGUGGAGCUGUCCUCCACUGACACCCAGUACCACCUGGGGGGCCUCACCCCCGACACCCAGUACGAGGUGUCGCUGUCGGCUCGGAGGGGAGAACGGACCAGCGCUCCCGUCUACGAGUCUUUCCUCACAGACCUGGACGCCCCCAGAGACCUGCAGACAGUGGAGCUGACUGACGAGAGCAUCACUCUGGAAUGGAAGAACAGCCAGGCUCCGGUGGACAACUACCGCAUCAAGUACGGACCUCUGUCAGGGGGGGAGCACGGAGAGCUGCUCUUCACCCCGGGACCCAAGGACACCACCCGGGCCAAGAUCACCGGCCUGAGACCGGGCACCGAGUAUGGGAUGGGUGUGACGGCAGUGACAGAUGAGCGGGAGAGUCUGCCGACGACCACCAACGCAGUGACUGCCCUGGAUUCUCCCAAAGACCUGCGUGUUGCAGAAGUGACGGAGACCACCAUUAUGCUGGAGUGGAAACGCCCGCUAGCCAAACUGGACUCCUUCAGACUGGUUUAUGUGUCUGCUGACGGCCACCGAGCUGAGGAGGUGCUCCCAGGCAGCUCGGAGUCCCACACUCUUAGGGGCCUCACACCUGGCAUGCUAUACACCAUCAGCAUCAUUGCAGAGAGGGGCCGCAGGACCAGUGCACCCAGCACCACCUCAGCACCAACAGAGGAGGAGAAGCCUGUGGUGACCAACGUCACCGUCAGCGACGUAUCGUGGGACAGCUUCCUCCUGUCCUGGUCUGCUGACGACGGGGCAUUGGAGGCCUUUCUGAUCGAGGUUACCGAUGCAGAGACGGGCGCUGAGUGGCAAAACCACACGGUGCCCGCCGAUGCUCGCAGCCUGGCUAUCUCUGGCCUCUCCUCCAGCACCUGGUACAGGGCCAGUCUGUACGGGGUGUUCAGGGGGGCCCUAUUAGACCCAGUCUUUGCAGACACCAUCACAGAGGCCGAACCGGAGAUGGAGGCUCUCCUCGUCUCCGAUGUCACCCCUGAGAGCUUUAGUCUGGCCUGGACGGCUGAAGAGGAAGCCUUCGACACCUUUGUCAUAAUGGUGAGCCAGGCCGAGGGCCCAGGCCAACCAAGAGAGCUGGUGCUGGGUGGCGAGGAGCGGAGCACAGCUAUCACAGAUCUCACCGAGGACACCGAGUACAAAAUCGAAAUCUUUGGGCUCAUUUUGGGAAGAAGGUCCAAGUCUGUAAUGGAGUGGGUGAGAACAGAUGUGGGUCCACCCAAGGGUUUCCGCUUCUCUGAUGUCACCGACACGUCGGCCACCGUUCACUGGGUGGUUCCCAGAGCUUGGGUGGACAGCUACAGGGUCACCUAUGUGCCUGCUCAUGGAGGUAAUGCUAAGACUCUGACAGUGGACGGCUCGGAGUCUCAGACUGUGCUGCCCAACCUAACCCCCGGGGUCACCUACGAGGUCACCGUGGUCGCUGUCAAGGGUCAACGGGAGAGUGAGCCUGGAUCAGACAGUGUCACCACCGCUCUGGAUAAACCCCGUGGUCUGUCUGCAGUCAAUAUCACAGACACUGAGGCUCUGCUGCUCUGGCAGCCCGCCAUUGCCACUGUAGACGGCUACGUCAUCACCUACAGUGCAGACUCAGUGGCUCCAGUGAUGGAGCGUGUGUCAGGAAACGUAGUGGAGUUUGAGAUGAGCUCUCUGACGCCUGCCACGCACUACACUGUGAAGGUCUAUGCUGUGAGGGACCUGGCCAAGAGUGCAGCCACCACCACUGAGUUCACCACUGACGUGGACGCCCCUCAGGACCUGGCAGCCAGUAACAUUCAGACAGAGAACAGUAUGCUGACAUGGAAGCCACCUCGCGCUGACAUCACCGGAUACAUCCUCAGCUUUGAGUCGACAGAUGGCGUUGUCCGUGAGGUGGUCCUGAGUCCCAACGCUGUCUCCUAUAACAUGGCUCAGCUGAGCGCCUCCACAGAGUAUUCAGUCAAGCUGCAGGCCAUCGCUGGUCCCAAGAGAAGCCGAGUCAUCACUACUGUCUUCACCACCACUGGUGUACUGUACAGACACCCCAAGGACUGCUCCCAGGCCCUUCUGAAUGGAGACACCUCAUCAGACCUGUACACCAUCUAUCUGGGUGGGGAUGAGAGCCAGCCCCUCCAGGUCUACUGCGACAUGAGCACUGAUGGAGGUGGAUGGAUCGUGUUCCUUCGACGACAGAGUGGUAAACUGGAGUUUUUCCGCAACUGGAAGAAUUACACAGCUGGCUUUGGUGACAUGAACGAUGAAUUCUGGCUGGGUCUUUCCAACCUGCAUAAGAUCACAGCUGGAGGUCCGUACGAGCUGCGAGUGGACCUGAGAGAUAAGGGAGAAACAGCCUACGCCCAGUAUGACAAGUUCUCCAUCUCUGAACCCCGGACCCGCUACAAAGUCCACGUAGGAGGAUACAGUGGAACAGCAGGUGACUCUAUGACGUACCAUCACGGGCGUCCAUUCUCCACUUACGACCACGACAACGACAUCGCUGUCACCAACUGUGCCCUGUCCUAUAAGGGAGCAUUCUGGUAUAAGAACUGCCACCGCGUCAACCUCAUGGGACGAUAUGGAGACAACAGUCACAGCAAGGGUGUCAACUGGUUCCACUGGAAAGGCCACGAGCACUCCAUCGAGUUUGCUGAGAUGAAGAUCAGGCCAUCCAACUUCAGGAACCUGGAAGGAAGAAGGAAACGAUCAUAAACACCCCCCACCAACAACACUGCUACGACUCUGUCUGGACUCCCCAUUGACCACCUGGACUUCCACACCCACACACCCUGCAGCAACCAAAGCCACUGCCGAGAUCCCUGCUGCCUCCACCUCCCCUCCCCCCAUUCGCUCACAGAUCAGCAUGGACUCCAUGAGAUGA